UAUAAAUUCGUCGUUUCUCACUAAUAAAUUAAUAAUAAUUUAGUGUGUAUGUGCCUUUAACGUGAAUAAAAAUUUUAUCUAUCUAUCUAGUUAUAUAGCUGAAAGAGUUAUUAAAGUUGAUACUAUACAAAUCUAAAUAUCUCUACCUUCUAAGCAAGGGAAACUCUGUUAUGGUAGAAUAAAUUUUAUUGUAAUACUAAAAUUAUGGAGGAAAUUAACUCAUUUUGUAGCAGAUAUAAUAUGUGUACUAUAUGCCUCAGUACGGAGCGCAAGCUUCACCCCGCUAUCGACACAACAAUUAUUACAGAUAUUAUAAAAGUGAAGUUUUCAGACACCCAUAAUGUAUGCUGGGAAUGCAAUGCAAAUGUAAGGAGUAUUGUCUCAUUUAGAAAUAAAGUAUUGAAAGCUCAGGCAAUCAUCAGAGACCUACUUAAGACAAGUAUGUGUAAGACAUCUAUACAAAGUCUUUCUCGGCUACAGCAAAACAAAACUGAAAAUAUCAAUAUAAUGACACCAGAAACUGAAGUAACUAACAUUCCAACUCUAGAUAGCUCAACACAAUCCUAUGGGCAUACUGAACAAGAAAUAAAACCUUCAAUAGAAGAAGUAACUCUUAGAAUGGAACUAGACAUUGAUACUCCAGAUGAUAGAGAAAUUAAGGUUUUACAUAUAAAAAAUGAGAGUUAUGGUGAAGAAAUAGAGUUGAAUGAUAUUAAAAGUGAAAACCUUCAUGAUGAAGAUAUUAAGUUAGAGGAUGGCACAGUCGAAGAUCAUUAUGGUUACAAUGAAGUUAAGACAGGAAACAAUAGCCCAAUUUCCGAUGAAAAUGAAGAUCAAAAUAUAUAUAUAGUAAGAUAUUUAAAUGAAGAAGAAAUGAUAAAUGACAGAGAGAGUAGAAGAAAGAGCAGCAGAUUUAGUAAAUGCACGUUAAAGUGUGAAGAGUGUGUUGAAAUAUAUUCAAAUAAGAAAUGUCUCAAUCAUCAUAUGAAGAAACAUGAAAAGUUCGCCGGUGAAUUCCUAUGCACCAUAUGUAACCAAAGAUUUCUCCUUCAAGCGGAAUUGGAGAACCAUCGUUUGAUGCAUUAUAGGAGCUACCGGUGUGUCGUGUGCGAGGUGGAGUUCCACAGCGAGGAGCUGGUGGUGCGGCACCACCGCGACGACCACAGCCAGCACGGACACGCCUGCCAAGUGUGCCAGCGCCAGUUCCAAACGAAGAAACUGUAUCAGUUACAUCGACGGAAUAACCACAAGACUCGCAAGACGUGCCCUAUCUGUAAGAAGGAAUUAGGACCCAAUACGGAUAUGAAGAAACACAUGCUUAUCCACACAUCGGUUACAUUCGAAUGUAACAUUUGCAACAAAAAAUAUAGAAGCGAGUCAGGCAUUCGGUUACAUAGACGGACGGCGCACUGCGAACAGAAAAUGGAAGGUGCAUACUGCGCAGAGUGUGAUGUUCAAUUCAAAACUGCGUACAUAUACCGCACACAUCUACGUACUAGUCUCAAACAUAUCUCAGUUGAAGAUCUUAAACACAAAUGUGAUCAAUGUGGCAAGCGAUACAAGUCCGCCUCGUGUCUCAAACAUCAUAUAGAGUCAAUACACACGAAGGAAAUGAUCUACACAUGUCAACUGUGCGACCAAGCGUUCAGUACGUCGCGGCGACUGCGUGUUCACGUCCGGUUGAAGCACGAAGGCAAGUGCAGACCGAAGAACAAAAUUUGCACCAUCUGUUCUAAGGCGUUUGAAACGAAGUCCGGGCUGCAGCAGCACAUGAACGCGCACACGGGCGCGCGUCCGUUCUCGUGCUCGGAGUGCGCGGCCACGUUCGCGCAAUCGGGCGCUCUCUACACGCACCGCAAGCUGCUGCACGACAGGCACAAGCGACGGAAACCGGUGCAGACCCGGACAGACCACUAAACACGAGUUUACCGAUAAUCUAUGUAAGAAGACGGUGAAGCUGUAAAGGCCAGAUGCGGCUAACUCCAUUAGAAUAGUUUGAAAAAAAUAAAAACGGUUGUUCAAACCGGAUAAAACCGGUUCAGAUAUUGAGUUAUAAAAUAAUAUUAAACCACCGGAAAAUCAUUAACAAAUAUAUUUAUCUAAUGA